GAGAAAAAAAGUUCGUGCACGCUCUUCCAGGCAUCACAGUGUGAGCUUCACUACUUGGCUUCCAAAUCCUCAAAUUCGCUUUGGAAUUGUAAACAUUGUCGACGACUGCAAUCGCUACGUUUAUUCCCACUCUGCUUCUGCAGUCUGCUAGGUCAGGGGAGAACCAACGAUGAACAUGAACAUCUUCAGGAAGAAAACCUCCCCCAAAGAUGCUCUUCGCACCAGCAAGCGAGAAAUGGCUGUUGCAACUAGAGGCAUUGAGCGUGAAAUUGCAUCUCUUCAGUUGGAGGAAAAAAAAUUGGUCGCGGAGAUAAAGCAGACAGCUAAAACUGGGAAUGAGGCUGCCACUAGAAUCCUUGCUCGACAGCUUGUUCGCCUACGCCAACAAAUAACUAAUUUGCAAGGAAGUCGUGCCCAAAUUCGAGGUGUAGCUACUCAUACACAGGCACUAUAUGCUAGUACUUCAAUCUCUACUGGAAUGAAGGGUGCAACAAAAGCAAUGGUUGCAAUGAACAAGCAAAUGGCACCAGCAAAGCAGGCUAAAGUGAUUAAGGAGUUUCAGAAGCAGUCGGCACAGUUGGACACGACGAUUGAAAUGAUGUCAGAGUCUAUAGAUGAAACUUUAGAUAAGGAUGAGGCUGAAGAGGAAACUGAGGAGCUUACGAAUCAGGUGCUUGAUGAGAUUGGCGUUGAUAUUGCAUCCCAGUUGUCUUCUGCACCCAAAGGCCGGAUUGCAGCAAGGAAGACUGAAAAUACAGUUACCAGCUCUGAAUCUCCAGAUGUUGAGGACCUUGAAAAGAGGUUGGCCUCUCUUCGACAAUCGGUCGUCGCAGGGAGGAUCGGGAGAAAAGCAGCUAUGCAGAGCCAACUUGUAUGCAGUGGGUGUAGGAGCAUUCUUCUUUAUCCUGGAGGGGCUACUAACGUAUGCUGUGCAUUAUGCAGUACAGUCACCUCAGUUCCCCCUCCUGGAACAGAUAUGGCUCAACUUAUAUGUGGAGGUUGCAGGACAUUGCUUAUGUACGCACGUGGGGCAACAAGUGUUAGAUGCUCAUGCUGUCAUACAGUGAACCUUGCACCUGCCACGAACCAGGUUGCACAUGUUAACUGUGGAAACUGCCGAACAACACUCGUCUUUCCAUACGGAGCUCCAUCUGUCAAGUGUGCCAUCUGUCACUAUGUUACUAAUGUUGGUAUGUCCAACGUGAGGGUUCCUAUUCCAGUGCACAGGCGUAAUGGAACACUUAGCUCUGGGAUGCCCCCUUCAUCAUCGUCUCAGAGCCAAACAGUUGUAGUUGAGAACCCGAUGUCCGUUGAUGAAAGUGGCAAAUUGGUGAGCAAUGUCGUUGUGGGUGUCACGACAGAUAAAAGGUAACUCGGUGAGAUGGUGGUUGAUCGAUGGAACUUACUAUUAGCGGCUGAAAAAGGAUGGGAGGAAACGAUAUAUAUAUUUAUAUAUAUCUAGUACAUUACGAUACUGCUUGGAAUAUGAAUAUGAUGUGGACAUUUCUGUAUAGUUUGCCUCCAGAUUUUCCCUUGAGGUAACCAAUCAUUCUUGAGUCAACUUCAAUUUUCGAGGUUCAGAGAACUAUUUACCCUGUGAAUGUGAGAUGUAUAUGGUGGACCAGAAGAAUUGAGGGUCUAUACUUCAUUACUUGUCUGAUUUCCUGUACCGAAUCAUUGAGCUGUCUCGCAAGUAAAAAUAUUAUACAUCCAUCGUAUCCCUUUUGGUAAAUACGAGUAUUAUAAACGUUGUCUUGUAA